AUGGCAGAGGUUAACAGCGCUGGGAGGGCACACAAUGGCAAUGGGCUGGGUAACAAUGAUGAUGGAAGGGGCAACAAUGGCAAUGGGCUGGGUAACAAUGAUGAUGGAAGGGGCAACAAUGGCAAUGGGCUGGGUAACAAUGAUGAUGGAAGGGGCAACAAUGGCAAUGGGCUGGGUAACAAUGGUUAUGGAAGGGGCAACAAUGGCAAUAGGCUGGGUAACAAUGGUCAUGAAAUGGCUAACAAUGGCAAUGGGCUGGGUAACAAUGGUGAUGGAAGAGGUGACAAUGGUAAUGGAAGGGGCAACAAUGGUAAUGGAAGGGGCAACAAUGGCAAUGGGCUUAGUAACAAUAGUGAUGGAAGGGGAAACAAUGCUUAUGAGCUGGGUAACAAUGGUGAUGGAAGGGGAUACAAUGGUAAUGAGAAUGGUGGCAACAGCAUUAGGAGGGUUUACCAGUGCCGAGAUUGUAACUGA